GUCAUUUAGUUUCAAAUACUAAAAAUAUUUAUUAUUAAUCAUGGAUGAUUCUUUAAUUGAUUUAGCAAAGCAUUUUGAAGACGAUUUUCCCAUUAAUGAACCAUUAAAAGCGAACCAAGUAAUCAGCUCCGAUAAUAGUGAAAGCGAAAAACCAACAACUUCUAAAUCUACAAUAAAUCCGCAUUGUUUACUUGUUAAUCCGAAACAACGUGGUAAUCCUAUAUUAAAAUCAAUCACGAAUGUGCCUUGGGAAUAUGAUGCCAUCAUUCCUGAUUAUCAAAUGGGAUUAACAACUUGUGCAUUAUUUCUUUCGUUGCGUUACCACAAUUUAAACCCAGAUUAUAUCCAUGAAAGAUUAAAAUUAUUAGGGAAAUCUUUUGAAUUACGUGUGUUAUUAGUGCAGGUUGAUAUAAAAGAUUAUGAUUUUGCAUUAAAAAAUUUAACGAGGAUUUGUAUAUUAGCUGAUAUGACUUUAAUAUUGGCUUGGAGUCCAGAAGAAGCUGGUAAAAUUAUUGAAACUUACAAGAUUUAUGAGAACAAACCAGCUGAUUAUAUUAAAGAACAAAGCGAAUCUUCUCCUUAUUUACAAUUAAUUCAAGCUUUAACUACCAUUAAGCCGUUAAAUAAAACUGAUGCAAUGACUUUAAUCACAAAAUUUAAAACAUUGGAAGGAAUCUUAAAAGCGAGUGAAUAUCAAUUAAGUGAAUGUCCUGGAUUUGGACCUAGAAAAGCUAAGAAAUUGUAUUUAACUUUACGUGAAAGUUUUUGUAAAUGAAAUAAGUAUUUUGGUUUGAUUUAUUUAUUUGGUGGUAUAAAAUAACUGGCCUUUUAUGUAUUUUUUAAGAAUUAAAUAGCAUUUUGAACACAUUUAAAAAUUAAUCUACAUAAAAAUAAUAACAAAAUAGAGUGAUUUUUAUCUACAUAAAGAAAAAAAAGUGUUAGUGUUAAAAAAUAAUCAUUUUUAUGGCAGUGCUUUUAAUAAUUUCCUAGUUUUUAUGUAGCUUUUUUAUGUAAUUAAUAAAUUUGUUAUAACUAAACACAUAAAUCCAAUAAAAGCAAGAUUUUUAUUCCCA